GUGCUUUACACACAGCUGUUGAUUCAACAGUUGCUUGGCUGCGCAAGAACAGCACACGUUAAGAAGAAGAAGAUUUGGUCAGAGGAAUCCACAACCAGAUAACCGCCUACUGUUAAACUACACACUGAUGGCUCCAAGAGAAAACACAUGUAUACUGUUUUAUUUUAUGAUUGAAUAUGAGAGAGAAUGUUUGUCUUCUGCAUUCUUAUUCUUCUGCUUUCAUUGACAGAGCUGAAAGGUGCUGUUGAAGACGUGCUUCCUUCGCUCCAACAGCAGAAAGUGUCUGUUUUUAUCCUGAGUGAAGAGUCCACCACACCGGGGAUCGAAAGCCUUAAUGGCAAGAUUCAUCAGGCUUCUGACCAGCCACUACCAGUGUCUCUGAGGUCCAAUGUUACCAUGAAAAGUAUUGCAGUAUAUAUCUACACCUCUGGCACAACAGGCCUUCCCAAGGCUGCUGUCAUAACACAGGAAUGGGUCUGGGCUUCGGCUUUUUUUCACAUCUGUGGCGUGAACUCGGAAGAUGUCCUCUACCUUAAUUUGCCUCUCUACCACAGCUCAGGGUUUUUGAUGGGACUGACGGGAGCCUUAGGAAAAGGUAUAACCAUUGUUUUAGGGCGCAAGUUUUCAGCCUCUCAGUUUUGGGAUGACUGUCGGAAGCACAAUGUAACGGUUAUACAGUACAUCGGAGAGGUGCUGCGCUAUCUCUGCAACACUGCUCAAAAAGACAGUGAUCGGGAUCACAAGGUUAGGCUUGCUUUUGGCAAUGGUGCCAGAGCAGACACCUGGAAGGAGUUUUUAAAGCGUUUUGGAGCUAUUCGAAUCUGUGAAUGUUACGGUGCAACUGAGGGGAAUGUGAGCUCCGUCAUCUAUGUUGGAAAGGUCGGUGCUAUUGGACGGGAGAUGUUUAUUCACAAGAAACUCUUCCCCUACGAGCUGAUUCAGUACGACACCGAGAUAGAAAAGCCUGUUCGGGUCUCCCAAGGUUUUUGUGUCCCGGCUCCCAAAGGGGCGACUGGCCUGUUCGUAACAAAGAUCACCAGAAUAGCUCCUUUUAAUGGAUAUGCAAGAAACCCGCAGCAAACUGAUAAGAAGAAGCUGAGAGACGUCUUCAAGAAAGACAUCUACUUCAACAGCGGGGACCUGCUGAUGGUGGACCAGGACAACUUUGUGUACUUUCAAGACAGGAUUGGAGACACAUUCAGAUGGAAGGGGGAGAACGUGGCCACCACAGAAGUCUCCGUAUCACUGUUUUUGUCUGCAGAUCAUGAAGGGCGAAUAGGAAUGGCUGCUGUGAAGCUAGAGGAGGCUAAACAACUUGAGUGUGACAAGAUCUACAGCCACGUUGUCUGCUAUCUGCCCAGUUAUGCUAGACCACGCUUUCUUAGAAUUCAGGACUCUUUGGAGGUCACUGGAACAUUCAAACAGUUGAAAGUCGAAUUAGCAGGAGAGGGUUUUAAUCCAGCUAUAGUCCAGGAUCCACUGUACUUUCUGGAUAAAAAUGAAAAGACAUAUGUACCGAUGACUCAGGAAAUGUAUAACGCCAUCAUUUCAAAACAUGUUAGGCUAUGAGACUGAUCACAUUUCUGACUCCAUUAAGUGUGAUUGAUUAUUCAAUUAUGAUUAUGCCCUCUGUUAUACUUGGGCUCAUAAAAUAAUUUAUUCCAUCGUCCCCUUUGCAUGCCAUCAGUAGCAACUACACUUGUACAUGAAAUCUAGUACUGUGGUUAUUUCAUAAUGAGAGAGUCAGUUUUCCAGUUUUACAUACUUUUGUUGCAGCAUGACCUCUAAUAUAUUUAUACAUUGUGCAUGGCUCUUUAUAGUUUUAAGUCCUUUGGUGCAGCAACGCUUAUGUACAAAGAAUGUAUGAGACAGUAUUGUAGGGCACAAGACCACUAAUUCUGAACUAUGCUGACUGACAAGUAAACCUGUAGACAACCUGCACAAAAACACUGAAAACCCAGAGGGGCGUUGGGUGUUUUUAACAACACCUAGGUUUUGGGAAGGAGAAAAACAACUUCUUUGCAAAGAGAAGAAAAUACAGUAUUUGUCUUCAAGUGUGUAAUGUUGUUAUGACACGGUCCGGUGCUAAGUUACAAAAUGCCUUUGAGCAGAUAUAAAGUAACUAUUUGUGUACUAGUUUUAACUUACAAUAUAUUUUGCUUUGUGUUUGAAAAUUGUAACAAUUCCUGCAAAGUGAUUUGUAAGCCAGCAAGCAUUACAUUAAAUGGAAUAGAGACUUUUCUGAAUA